CAAUUUGCUAGUCGCCGGUUGGCAAAGCGGUCUCUCGUCUCUUUGACAGAAAGAAGCCCGGUGUAGCUAGAUCGAUAUCUUAAUUUAAUAAGCGGACAUGGCCAAGAAACGAAGAGAAAGACGAGAGGCCGAUAGUGUUUCGUUAGUAACAUUACACGAGGAACCGAAGACAAAAUUUAACGAGGCACAAACCCUCAAAGAGACUCGAUACACUGGAGGGGGCUCAGCUCGCAUGUCUCUCCUCAUCCUGCUGUCUGUCUUCACCUGCGCUGCUUCUGUCAUGUACCUAGUGUACAGGAAUUUCCCAGAGCUCGACAAUGAUGAGAUGGCUACUAUUAAAAUCCCCAAAGAUAUGGAUGAUGCUAAAGCCUUGGGCACUGUACUUUCCAAAUAUAAGGACACCUACUACACUCAAGUGUUAGUAGCCUACUUUACCACCUAUAUUUUCCUCCAGACAUUUGCGAUCCCUGGAUCCAUCUUCCUCAGCAUCCUGUCUGGUUAUCUCUACCCCUUCCCCCUGGCUCUUUUCCUCGUCUGCCUGUGCUCUGGCCUAGGGGCUUCCUUCUGCUACAUGCUGUCUUAUCUAGUGGGGCGACCAGUGGUCUACAGAUACCUGACAGAGAGAGCCCAGAAAUGGUCCCAGCAGGUAGACAAGCACAGAGAUCAUCUCAUCAAUUACAUCAUAUUUCUGAGGAUCACUCCGUUUCUCCCCAACUGGUUCAUCAACAUCACCUCACCUGUCAUCAACGUGCCUUUGGGGGUCUUCUUCCUUGGUACUUUCUUUGGAGUGGCCCCACCGUCCUUCGUGGCGAUCAACGCUGGUACAACACUGUAUAAACUGACGACAGCUGGGGAGGCAGUGUCCUGGAACUCUCUGAUUGUGCUAGGUGUCCUGGCCGUACUCUCUAUCCUGCCUGUCUGCUUCCAGAAGAAACUGCAGCAGAAGAUGGAGUAGGCAUUAGACAACUCAGCAACUCAUCUGCCUGCCUGAUCCCCCAGCCCGUCCCUUGGCUCAGGAAUGGUACACCCCGCUGUCACUCACAUAGUCCUGCCUGUUGCUGUCCCACACACCUGCUGAGGUUGCUGUGGAAACAUUGCCCGUUGACCCAACCCUGACUCCUGUGCCCAAAACAUGUGGUUGUGGCCACCUCAACUUUGUGCUCUACAAAGGACUAACUGGCCUCUGCUCAUCCUCGGGUUUGUUUUCCCAUAUUUGUUAAAUGUUGCAUGCCUGGAAAUUUAAAAUGUUAAGGAUACAGAAAACAUCAGGCAUCUGUCUUCAUUGUUUUUACUCACAAUGGUUCUCACAAGUUCAAGCUAAACUUCCCUCCUUUGUAUUUCUUGAACAGUGUUUUGAUUUGAUUUAAUCUCUUAACCUGUGAUAUGGGUGAAGUCAAAGCAAUACUGAUCAGAGUCGCAGUUCAGUGUUUUUGAUUUUCACAACAUUUUUGGACUAUUGUUAUGACUGUUUUAUACACUGGAUAGAUUGAGCAUAUUAAAUCAUUUAGAACGUUCUAUCAUUUGAAGAUAUUGUUAACACACCACCCUAAAAUGAUCUGUGUGCCAUCAAUGUUGACAUGAAAAAUAUGCAUGUGAACACAUGCAGUUAACUUGUUUUUCAACCACCACAGAUUUCUUGUUAACAAACUAUAGUUUUGGCAAGUCGGUUAGGACAUCUACUUUGUGUAUGACACAAGUAAUUUUUCAAACAAUUGUUUACAGACAAGACUAUUUCACUUAUAAUUCACUGUAUCACAAUUCCGGGUCAGAAGUUUACAUACACUAAGUUGAUGGUACCUUUAAACAGCUUGGAAAAUUCCAGAAAAUGUCAUGGCUUUAGAAGCUUCUGAUUAGGCUAAUUGACAUCAUUGAGUCAAUUGGAGGUGUACCUGUGCAUAUAUUUCAAGGCCUACCUUCAAACUCAGUGCCUCUUUGCGUGACAUCAUGGGAAAAUCAAUUGUAGACCUCCACAACUCUGGUUCAUCCUUGGCGCAAUUUCCAAAUGCCUGAAGGUACCACGUUCAUCUGUACAAACAAUAGUACGCAAGUAUAAACACCAUGGGACCACGCAGCCGUCAUACCGCUCUGGAAGGAGACUCGUUCUGUCUCCUAGAGAUGAACGUACUUUGGUGCGAAAAGUGCAAAUCAAUCCCAGAACAACAGCUGGAGAUGCUGGAGGAAACGGGUACAAAAGUAUCUAUAUCCACAGUAAAACAAGUCCUAUAAUCGACAUAACCUGAAAGGCUGCUCAGCAAGGAAGAAGCCACUGCUCCAAAACCGCCAUAAAAAAGCCAGACUAUGGUUUGCAACUGCACAUGGGGACAAAGAUCGUACUUUUUGGAGAAAUCUGGUCUUCUGGUCUGAUGAAACAAAUAUAGAACUGUUUGGCCAUAAUGACCAUCGUUAUGUUUGGAGGAAAAAGGGGGGUGCUUGCAAGCCGAAGAACACCAUCCCAACCGUGAAGCACGAGGGUGGCAGCAUGUUGUGGAGGUGCUUUGCUGCAGGAGGGACUGGUGCAUUUCACAAAAUAGAUGGCAUCAUGAGGGGGGAAAAGUAUGUGGAUAUAUUGAAGCAACAUCUCAAAACAUCAGUCAGGAACUUAAAGCUUGGUCGCAAAUGGGUCUUCCAAAUGGACAAUGACCCCAAGACUACUUCCAAAGUUGUGGCAAAAUCGCUUAAGGACAACAAAGUCAAGGUAUUGGAGUGGCCAUCACAAAGCCAUGACCUCAAUCCUAUAGAACAUUUGUGGGCAGAACUGAAAAGGCGCAUGCGAGCAAGAAGGCAAGACAAACCUGACUCAGUUACACCAGCUCUGUCAGGAGGAAUGGGCCAAAAUUCACCCAACUUAUUGUGGGAAGCUUGUGGAAGGCUACCUGAAACGUUUGACCCAAGUUAAACAAUUUAAAGGCAAUGCUACCAAAUUCUAAUUGAGUGCAUGUUAACUUCUGACCCACUGGGAAUGUGAUGAAAGAAAUAAAAGCUGAAAUCAAUCAUUCUCUCUUAUUAUUCUGACAUUGCACAUUCUUAAAAUAAAGUGGUGAUCCUAACUGACUUAAGACAGGGAAGUUUUACUCUGAUUAAAUGUCAGGAAUUGUGAAAAACUAUUUGGCUAAGGUGUAUGUAAACUUUCGACUUCAACUGUAGAAAGAUAAAUAUGAAACCCUUGAUGCUUCUGCUGGGCCUUUCACUAAAAUAUCGCUACUAAUUGGAUUUCCCCUUUAAUUGUAUGAAAUGGCAUAUCAAGUAUUGAAAACUGGUGUUUUGUAUACUAUUCUUUUUAUAUUUGUUCUACUAAUGGUGCUGAGACUGCCUCUCUGUCUGUGUGCUCCCUUUUGUGCGUCACCAGUCCAAAUGCUCUGCCAGUUGAGAAAUGCAGUAGUGGAUGACCAAGCAGUGCCCUUUGCAAAGCUACCAAUUUAGAUUUUUUGGUUGUUCAUGCUUUUCCCAGGUGUUAGUGAUUUCACACUGCUACUUCAUGUACAGUGCCUUCAGAAAGUAGUCACACCCCUUGACUUUUCCAAAUGUUGUUGUGGGAUUAAAAUGGAUUUAAUUGUAAUAUUUUUGUCAACGAUCUACACAAUACUCUCUAAGUUGAAGAAAAAUUCUAACAUUUGUAAAAAAAAACACACACAAAAAAACAUACGCUUACAUGACCAAAAGUAUGUGGACACCUGCUUGUUGAAGAUCUCAUUCCAAAAUCAUGGGUAUUAAUAUGUUGGUCCCCCCUUUUGCUGCAGUCGGUGUUUCAAUUCUUCCCAAAGGUGUUUCAUGGGGUUGAGGUCAGGGCUCUGUGCAGGCCAGUCAAGUUCUUCCAUACCGAUCUCGACAAAUCAUUUCUGUAUGGACCUCGCUUUGUGCACAGGGGUAUUGUCAUGCUGAAACAAGAAAGGACCUUCCCCACACUGUUGCCACAAAUUUGGAAGCAUAGAAUCGUCUAGAAUGUCAUUGUAUGCUGUAGUGUUAAGAUUAGCCUUCAUUCGGACUAAGGGGCCUAGCCCGAACCAUUAUUCCUCCCCCACCAAACUUAGUUGCAUUGGGACAGGUAACAUUCUCCUGGCAUCCGCCAAACCCAUCUGUCAGAUGUUGAAGUGUGAUUGAUCACUUCAGAAAACGCGUUUCCACUGCUUUAGAGUACAAUGGCGGCGAGCUUUAAGUGAAAACUGUAACUAGGCCACUCAGGAACAUUAAAUGUCUUCUUGGUCAGCAACUCCAGUGUAUAUUUGGCAUUGUGUUUUAGGUUAUUGUCCUGCUGAAAGGUGAAUUUGUCUCCAAAGUGUAAUUAGUAACUUCACCAUGCUCGAUGGGAUAUUCAACAUCUGUUUAGUAUUUUAUUUUUUAAAUAUUUUUUUUACCCAUCUAACUACAAAUCGAUGCCCUACGUAAAGGCAUUGGACAACCUCCCUGGGCUUUGAAUCUGCUUUUUGAAAUUCACUCCUCGAUUCAGGGACCUUACAGAUAAUUGUAAGUGUUGGGACGGAGAUGAGGUUGUCAUAAAGAAAUCAGAUUAGACACUAUUAUUGCACGUAGAGUGAGUCCAUGUGACUUGUUGAGCACAUUUUUACUCCUGAACUUAUGGUAAGCCUCAAUAACAAAGGUGUUGAAUACUUAUUGACUCAAGACUAUUCAGCUUUUCAAUUCUAUUAGUUUGUAAAAAUGUCUAAAAACAAUUCCACUUUGACAUGAAAGGGCAGUGACAAGGGCAGUAUGACAUAUGAAGGGCAGUGACAAAAAAUCUAAAUGGAAUACAUUUUAAAUUCAGGCUGCAACACAAAAAAAAGUCAAGGGGUGUGAAUACUUAAGGCAGUUUAUAUAUAUUUUCUUAGAGUCCAACCUGUAUGUAUCUGUUGGUGUUAUGCCUAAUUUGUACUAUAGUUUGGGUGCUUUGAUGUGAUUUUUAUUUGGCCUUACCUGAUGUCAUUAUAUGAAUUCUCUGCUGCUGUGAAACCUUCUGGUUGUGUCUAGAGGUUGAUGCAGUGAAUGUGCACUUGGGCAGUCUUACUGUUGAUGUUUCUUCAAAAUCCAUGUCUCAAGCACUGUCUACUCUUCUUGCAUCUGAAAUCACUCAUUAUUUAUGAAAAUUGAUUUGAUUUUAAAAAGUGAAAGCAUUUUUUAAUUUGGAUCAACUGUCUUACUUGGAUUAGUGUUUUAAUCCACUAUAGAAACCAUUUCUGAGUAUGAGAAAAUGUAAUUUAUUAUUUAAUUAUAUAUUUUCCGCUAAUUGGUCUUUUGACCAGUCACAUCAGAUCUUUUCUCAGAGCUGAUCUGAUUAGUCAAAAGACCAAUUAGUGAAAAAAUAGAUCAGAAUUAGGCUGCCUGUAUAAAAGCAGGCUUAGCGCUUCAUAUUUUUAUAUAAUGGCUGUGUUGACACGGGCAACCCAAUUAUUAUUAUUUUUUUUUACCACUAAUUGGUGUUUUGACCGAUCAGCUCUUUUGUCAAUAAUUGGUCAAAAGAUUAGAACUGUUCUGCCUGUGUAAACACAGCCCUACUGUAUCCCAAUCCCACUGUAACCCAUCAUUCAUGACCUGUUUCAUUUAAUUUAGUUGUGUUAAUGUCCUUGUUUGAAAUUUGGGCUUCACAUUUUUGUUGUUCAUAGAGGUUGCAUCAUUACCUCAUCUUGAUUGCACUGCAGUAGUUUUCAGAGGGAUCAUGCCUGAUGGGAGAUCCUGUAGCUGUUCAGUCAAUACAGUGUGCUCUUAUGAAAGCUGUUUUGGUGUUUAAUAAAUAAGAAUAUGUUGUUACUUAGCCCUUAUAUUACUAGCACAUUAUUUGUUCACCCAAUUUGAUAUCAGAAGUAAUUUCUGGAACUGUAUUGACACAUAUUUGCAAUAACUGUUUAAAAGUCCCCAGUAGUUUUAUCCCAUUUUUAAAGACCACUGCAAUAUUAGGAUGUUACACAUGUUUCUUAUUACAACUUUCCAACAGUUGUUAAUUUUCAUGCAGAGAAUAUUGAGAAUAUCUGUGCUGGCUUGGAUGAUUCUUGGUGUGUGCAUUCAUUACGCUUGUGAUCUUUACAGUAUUAAGUUGUGCAAAAUGAUAAUGUAUGGCAAGUGUUUGAAUAUAAUUUACAUUCUUGUACAUAUUUUUGUCCAAGCUAAUGAAUGUUGGUUCAUUAUUAACAUUUAUUUUUGAAAUAAUAAAAUAUAAUAUACA